GAAUAAGUGUCUUCCCACAUCAGUUUAUAUUUCUUGGAUGAAGCCUUGACAGUGAAUUAUUGCAUAGUACAUAUCAGUGUGAUGAAUUAGCCAUAAGCAAUUAAGGCUGCACUCCAUAAAGGCUCACACUUGAAAAGAAAUCUGCACACACACAAAUUACCAUGCUGCAUAGGCAUGAUCUAGGGAACCACACAAACUGUUCUUUUCCAGGGAGCACAGAGGUGAUAUACCUUUUGAACUGUUUUACAGCCUAGCACAAGGUUACGCAAUUUUGUGAAUUUAUCUCCACAGUGCACCACACAGAUUUUGGCUGAAGGAAUGUUUAUGCCCUUGGUUGUAUAUGAAAGUUGGUGAUAUGUAGUUCAAAUAGUACUUUCGUUGCAUCGGUGUUUAUAGUUGCUGUAUUUACCUGCAGACAAGUGUACUGUGUGACAAAUGGUUAAACAUCUUGAAGUAUUGCAUUAAUCUCUUUAUAAUUAUGGCAGUACUGUUUAGGAAAUGUGUGAAGAAUAUUUUUUCAGGGAAAUGCCACUAAUAGGCGCCUUCUAAUGUAAAUUUACAAGUACUGUAACUGAAGCACAGUGCUUCUUUAUGCCGGAUAACCACUUUGUUCGAAUUCCAGAAAUAUUCUAGUGGCCAGAAGCACUUGACUUAACAGUGUAACUAAUCAGCACUCUUUGGACCUCCUGUCACAUCAUUCUAUACAUAUGAGGAACCUUGCAGUGGUUGCUUAGUUUGAAACAAAGUGAUUUACAGAAACCACUUUAAGGUGCAAUACAGGCAGCAACCAUUUUAUGCAUGUCCAAGCACAUGUUUGUUGCUGCCGACCCGGAAGUGGCCUGAAAACGGGUCUGGAGGGUCUGGGUGAGUUGGGUUUGGGUCAUGUGUGCUCUGCCGAUGCGCACAGGGGUCAGGAAUGGAACCCCUGCACAAAAUGGUCACCACCUGUACUCUCAUGGGUCAGCGUCGGACCUCUAUAUCCUGGUACUACAGUGGUGCCUCGACUUACGAAUUUAAUCCAUUCCGAAGGCACCUUCGUAGGUCGAAAAAUUCGUAAGUUGAAAAGCGCCAUUGGAAACGCGAUUUCCCAUAGGAAUGCAUUGGAAACAGAAAAAUUUGUAAGUCGAAGCAACCCCAUCUAAAAAUUCGUAAGUCGAAAAAACCCUAUCUAAAACCGCCGUGGUUUCCGUUCGAAUGUCGAGAAAUUUGUAGGCGUGCGGCCAUUUGCCCCACUCGUAAGUCGAAGAAUUCGGUUGUCGAGUCGUUCGUAAGUUGAGGUACCACUGUAUAUCCAUUUUCCCUUCUCCUUUCAGUACUGUCCCAUUCCACCUGAUAAAAUUUGACAUGACAAUUUCUCUUCUUCAUCUCUCUCUCCUCCUCUUUCCUUCCAUUGCUCAACACAUUUUCGGAGAAAUAUAGGAAACCUCUCCCUUUUUAUAUUUGGAGGGCUUUGGAAAUUUACCCGACCUCUCCACGAUGUUGAAGCACUCUGUCUUCUGCUAUUAAAAGCAUGGAACUCAUUAAAUGGAAAUAACAGAAGAGAAUCUUGAUAAGUCUUAAUGUGACUGUGAGCCAGCAAUGUGUUGAGGCUACAAAGGAGGCAAAAGAUAUUCCACAGUGAGAUGUUGAAAUUUACCAUACGGAAAUUACUCUGAUAGUUCUGAUUUAUGUUGGAGAUGCUGGGCUCCAAAAGACUACAUACAACAUCGUCUGGACUUGCCUAAACAAACAAUUCUGGAAUGACGUUAUAGCCAAAAUUAAUCGGUUCACGCUCUACCAGUACCAGCUACCAGUAAACUGCAAAGACCAGCUGCACAACCAUAAAACUGAUAUGUUGCAAGAUGUCAUUAGAAAGACUUUUCGACUUCUUGGAUAUACUAUUCAGUAUGGGUGCAUAGCACAUUGUGCCUUUGAAUACCUUGGAGGAAUUGUUGUGUGUUCAGGACCUUCAAUGGAGCCUACAAUUCAAAAUUCUGAUAUUGUAUUUUCUGAGAAUCUUAGCUGCCAUUUUUAUAACAUUCAGAAAGGUGAUAUCAUCAUUGCGAAAAACCCAAGUGACCCCAAAUCCAACAUAUGUAAAAGAGUAAUUGGCUUGGAAGGAGAUAAAGUCUGUACAAGCAGCCCUUCAGAUUUUCUUAAGACCCACAGUUACGUACCUAAAGGACAUGUUUGGUUAGAAGGUGAUAAUCUCAGGAAUUCUACAGAUUCCAGGUGUUACGGUCCUGUUCCAUAUGGGUUGAUAAAAGGACGCAUUUGCUUGAAGCUCUGGCCUCCGACUGAUUUUGGAUUCCUACGUGCAAGUCCCAACAGUCACAGAAUUUGUAAUGACUAAGUGAAUUAGGCAGAGUCAUCUAUGCUGACUUCUUUACCACAUUUUAAAAGGCUAGUAAUGUAUUUUGAUAUAAAAUAAACAAGAACAUCGAGAUGUUCCUUGUAGAUGUAAGGGUCAUAAUACUGGGAAAUAACGUUGCUUCAGAUAUAUAACAAUUUCCAUUUAUCCCAUUUAUAAAUCCUUCUAACAGCCUUACGGAGUUAUGCCUUCUUUCAUUAUGGUUCUCAUAUCAUGCUUACUUGUUUCCCCUUAGAACCACACAUUUAGAAACUAGUAGGAGUCCUGAAGGCAAGGGUUUGUUAUACAGUUUUAAACAGAUGGGUCUUAAGUAACAUGGCAUAUACUAGAAAGUUUAUCAGAUUUUUCUAAAAAGGGCAAUACAAUUUCACAGGUGUCACAUUUUUCAAAAGCCGGGAAUAAGCAAGUGCCAGCCUAUUAGGAAAUUAUUUGCAAGUGCUCUUUAAAGAGCAGGAUUAGUAUGCUCUGGGGGCUGGAUUGAACUAAUCCACCACAGCUAGCACAAGCAUUCCUACUAGCAGAACAUGGCUUUCCCCUUCUCUUUCCCCUGUGCACCCCACACCACCCCAAAUCCACUCUGGAGGGCUGGGAGAACACCCAAAAUGGCACCCAGGGGGAGGAGAUGGGGGAUUGUUCCAUAUGUCAAACAAAAAUGCUUGCGUAAGUUGUGAGUCGACUGUACUACAUAUUGUACUGGAUUGGUUUUGAAAUGGUGGCAUGUAUGCUUUCAGAAGCCCACUUUUCAGUUUAAGAUCAGUAUUCCAAGUCCUGUUCAUCUUCGGUACAGGAUGCAUUAUCCUCAGAAAGGAGUAAUCAUGAUACCAGAAUAGGAGGCUAAUAUUAAAUGGUGUUCACUUGUGCAAGCUGAAGAAAUGUAGUGUUUAAAUCUCAUACACUAAGAUAUGGACAAUUCAAAUUAAAAAACAUUUGGAGCAUAAUUUGCGUGGAUUUUAAAAAGGAAUCUCUGAUGCAGAAAGAAAACUUGUUUGUACUGACAUUCUUAACAGUUAGUGUGCAUUUUUCUACUAUGGUAUUUACUGACAUAUUAGCUGCCUAACACAAUACAUCUUUUGUGUUUCCCAUAUCCUUUGCGGUCAUCGAAGAAUCUCUAUAAGUAAUGAGCAAGUAUCACAGCAUACUAGUGAAACCUCUUCAGCUUCUUUUUUGGAGACAGUGUAUUUUCCACCACAUCGACAUAUGAGAGAAUAACUGUGAUCAUCUGUUGAAACAAUACACAGAAACAGUAAUGAGUUCCACUGCAGUUUUGAAUGCUACCCAAAAGCUACUUACAAAGUGUGUAUGUCAGCUUACGUCUCAAGAGUUACCAUAAAUGUAUAGUAAACUAUUUUUGCAACUGAAUUACAUUGUAGUAGGAAACGCUUAAUAUGAAAAUUUCCUCCAUGUGGUAGGAUUUUAAUAAGAAAGUUAAAUUAUACUUUUACCAAAAAAUAAAUAAAUAAAAUCAAGACAAGCUCUUA